UGUAUUCUGGAAGAUAUUUCCUAGAUAAAGGUUAUCUAGAGGUGAAGAAAUUGGGCAUUAGACAAAGAUGAGUAAUCAACUUGAUGGUUCGUCCUUGUCUAAAUCAUAUAAUAGUAUGGAAGAGGACCACAAAAACGUGGACAUUUUACCCUAUGAGGUUUUAGUACACGAAAAAAAGGCCAGGGCAGGGAUAUCCACUCUCGGAUUUCUCUCUGACAUUAGUCACGUGUGAUCUCACAAAAAAAGCCGGGGUGUUAAAUGUUUGUCAAUGCUUGUGAUCUAGAAUUCUAGAUUCUAGAUUAACCAGAAGCGAGACCAGAAGGCUCCUUUCGUGCUGUUCUCUCAUUUUAGCUACAGCUCCGUGACCACGUGAUUACUUAUAGAACAAGAGACCGAAUGGAGAACGAAUGAAGUGCGCAAUAAUACUUCCAUUUUACUCGUGUAUCUUUUAUACGUAUGCACUGGUAUCCGAGUGAGAAUCGAGUGGAAAUGUUAGAUUAGAGAGAUUUUAUUUUGUCAGGAAGAAAAGACAGAGAGAGAGAGAGAGAGAGAGAUAAAGAGCACUCAAUUCACUCAUCAUUAUUCAUCAACUAGUGUCUUUUUGUUCAACAAAAGCUGUAUAUGUGUACAUUGCAUUGUGUGUGUGCGUGUAAAUGUAGUGAAUAAUAAACGUAAAUUAAAUAAUUGAAGUAUAUUAAGGAAAAGUUCAAACGAUGGGUCUCAAGGACUUCCGAAUAGCGGUUGACAAUCAAUGGAAUACGUAUUAUCCUGGACAGGCAGUGACAGGAAAUGUCAUUGUUGUCCUGGAUAGUACAAAAAAGAUUCGCGGUAUACGUGUGAAAAUAAAAGGUGAAGCAAAUACUUGUUGGGCAACUGAAAAAAAAGAAAUGGAUGAGAGAGGAGAAUAUCGAGAUGAAACCCAAACUGUUACAGCGCAUGAAGAAUAUUUUGAAACGAAAUAUUACUUAGUUGGAUCGGCCUCAGGUGGAGAAAUUGAAAUACAAUCAGGAGAACACAAAUUUCCAUUCUCUUGUACCUUACCAACAAACUUACCGAGUAGUUUUGAAUCGGACUUUGGACACGUUCGUUAUACCAUCAAAGCCACGUUGGAUCGGCCUUGGAAGUUUGAUCAAGACGUUAAAAGUCCUUUCACAGUUAUCGCUCCUUUGGAUUUAAAUCGAGAGCCUAGAGCGACUGAAUCCGUGCAGCAAGAAAUGAGUAAAACAUUUUGUUGUUUAUGUUGCGGCACGCCACCUUUGACCAUAAACUUUUCAUUACCGGUUCGAGGAUAUGUGCCAGGACAAUCCAUGCCAAUCAAGAUAAACGUCGAGAAUUUAUCGAAUGUUGUUGUGAACACUGUCAAACUCGUGCUUUGUAAGAUUGUGACCUUCCGUGCUACUACACCACACACAGACACUAAAAAGGAAGAAAUUGUGGUAACGGAAAUCAGUAAAGGACCGGUCGAAGCCGGUGGAACUACUGAUUACGAGCAACAUCUGAACAUUCCGCCUCUUCCGCCAUCGAAUCUCGCUAAUUGCGGCAUCAUCGAUCUCGAAUAUAAUCUAAAGGUGGAAGCGUGCGUUGAAGGAUGGUAUCAUCGAAACUUAACCGCCAAUACACUCAUCUUCGUCGGAACGGUUCCACUCGUUGUUUAUCAUGUUCCAAGUGCUCCACCGGCGGGAAUGGACGGUGAUUAUCCAACGACGCCACCAAAAGCUGGUUUUGUUAUACCUUCGACAAAUACUGCAUUGCCUCCAAUACCGGAGUCUCACCUGUAUCCAAAUUUACCUCCGCCGUCUUACGAGGAAUCGUCAAAUGGCGCCAGAAAUCUUCGUGAACGUGGGGAAUCGGAAUAUGUUUACGGCCUGGCUAAUCAUUUUGCACCAAAAUAUCCAGUAUAUAAUUUUGCACCUGCGCAGUAACAAGGGAAUGAGAAAUAUUGUAUUUAUUAUUCCAGAAUUGGUAAUGUGCUUCGCUUUUUUGCCGAUAUAAAUU